UUUCCGGUGUAAACGGACCGCAGCAGAGCCGCUUCUUUCAGCCGGUUCGGUUCGAGCCUUCUGGUCCGAGGAUGGGGGAGGCCGACGUGACGCUGAGCCAGGCCGAGGAGAAGCCUCCGGACUCAGGUCUGGGCUCCGGGGAGGACUCGGUGGUCUGGAGCCACGAGGUGGAGGUUUGUCUGUUCCACGCGAUGAUCGGACACAAGCCCGUGGGAGUGAACCGUCAUUUCCACAUGAUCUGCAUCAGAGAUAAGUUCAGUCAGAACAUCGGGAGACAAGUUUCAUCUUCUGUUAUCUGGGAUCAUCUGGGAACCAUGUAUGACAUGCAGGCUCUGCACGAGUCGGAGAUCCUUCCGUUUCCAAACUCAGAGAAAAGCUUCAGUCUUCCAGAUGACAUCAUCCAGGACGUGAAAGAAGGGAAGCUGGGGUCAGAGGAGGAGACCAAAGAGGAGUUCAGGAUGGAGAGAGAACCUCCAGCUACACAUGAAGAAGGCAGCAACUCGUCGGUGAAAACGUCGGAACGAAGCAGCAGCAGCCGAGAGAAGGAGAGAGAACGAGACAAGGAGAAGAACAGCAGCGAUGGAGGAGGAGGAGCAGGAGGAGGCAAGGAGGCGGAGAAAAGGAAGAGGAGCAGAGCUACUGACAAGCUGCUCACCUCCUCCAACCCUGCUAGUCCAGGAGGAGCCAAGAGGAGGCGCACCUGAGGGGGAGGAGCCAAGAGGAGGAGGCGCACCGGAGGGGGAGGAGCCAAGAGGAGUAGGCGCACCUGAGGGGGUGGAGCCAAGAGGAAGAGGCGCACCUGAGGGUGAGGAGCCAAGAGGAGGAGGUGCACCUGAGGGUGAGGAGCCAAUAAGUGGAGGAGCCAAGAGGAGGAGGAGCCAAGAGGAGGUGGCAUAUCUGAAGGGGAGUAGUCAGGAGAAGGUACACCUGAGCUGGAGUAGCCAAGAGGAGUAGGAGCUAAUAAUGGGAGGAGCCAAGAGGUGUAACUGAGGGGGUGGCGUUAUGAGCUGGUUUAAGUCCCACUCCUCCAGCAACAGAGGAUUGUGGGUUUUGUAGUUUCAGCUGCUGAAAUGUUCAAAUGAUGUUUAACAGGAAGUCAGUUUUAUUUUUAUUUUCAGAAUAAAAGCCGCUUCCUCCUGGUGUGUCUGUAAAUAAAGUCAUUUCCUGUUGGUUUCUGUUAGAGAAGCUUUUAUUGAUCAGCUGACAGAUGAAAGUUUUUUACGUUCUGGUCAUCGACUGUUGAACAAACUGCAAUAAAUCCGGUUCCCCUGUUUGUAAACUGGAGGUUCUGGGAGAACAAACCUUCAUUUAUCUCUGGUGUUCUACAGACUUUAUGUCCUCUAGUUUUUAUAUUUCCUCAGUAGCAGUUUAGUGGUUCUGAUUAUUAAAUGUUCUUUUUUAUCCACGUUUAAUUUAUUGAUAGAGUUCUGCUGUUUGUGUGAAUAAAGAUGAAGAUCAGUGAUA